GUGUGUGUGUAUGUGUGUGACUCUCCCGCGGCCAUGUUAACCAAGAAACCCUGUACUGCCGUCUACCCGACUGGUAAGGAAACCUGAAGCAAAGGAAUCGUUUUUAAUGCGUUUUCCCAAUGAGUUUCGGUCUCCGACUGGAUAUAACCAUGCGUUUAAUUGUGCUUCAACUGGACCUAAUAGUUUAGUGUAUGCAUCGCAAAGGGGGUGAGGUUGCUCGUCAGCUACAGUCUUCCCCCGGAAUCAGCGUUGGGGGUCCCCUAGACGGAGCUGGGUCCGACCCACCGUCACCCGUGACAGUACCACCCCUCAGGAAUAACUCUCCAACGCUCGGAGGCAAUAAGCACAGAAUGAACGAGCAGCCGCACACAGGGACACACCAGAUCCACGUUCAGCAGCUGUUCGAGGAGAACAGUAACAAACGGACGGUGUUGACCACGCAGCCCAACGGGCUGACGCCGGCGAGCCGGCCUGGUCUCCCGCUGCCCGACAGGCCGCGGGAUGGCAGCCAGGGCCGGCAGGCCAGCUCCACCUCCCUCAAGUCCGCCGACGGCAAAGCCAAGCCCAGCCCCGUGACCCCUGAGCAGGCCACGAAGCAGUACAUGUCUAAGCUGACUCCGUUCGAGCACCAGGAGAUCUACAACUACCCCGAGAUCUACUUUGCCGGUCCCAACGCCAAGAAGCGGCCGGGCGUGGUGGGGGGCUCCAGCAACAGCGGCUACGACGACGACCAGGGAUCCUACGUCCACGUCCCCCACGACCACGUCGCCUACCGCUACGAGGUCCUCAAGGUCAUCGGCAAGGGCAGCUUCGGCCAGGUGGUGAAGGCCUACGACCACAAGGCACAGCAGCACGUGGCUCUCAAGAUGGUGCGCAACGAAAAGCGCUUCCACCGGCAGGCGGCGGAGGAGAUCAAAAUCCUGGAGCACCUGCGCAAGCAGGACAAGGACGCGGGCAUGAACGUGGUCCACAUGCUGGAGAACUUCUCCUUCCGCAACCACAUCUGCAUGACCUUCGAGCUGCUCAGCAUGAACCUGUACGAGCUCAUCAAGAAGAACAAGUUCCAGGGCUUCAGCCUGCCGCUGGUGCGCAAGUUCGCCCACUCCAUCCUCCAGUGCCUGGACUCGCUGCACAAGAGCCGCAUCAUCCACUGCGACCUGAAGCCCGAGAACAUCCUGCUGAAGCAGCAGGGCCGCAGCGGCAUCAAGGUCAUCGACUUCGGCUCCAGCUGCUACGAGCACCAGCGCGUCUACACCUACAUCCAGUCCCGCUUCUACCGGGCGCCCGAGGUCAUCCUUGGAGGCCGCUACGGGAUGCCCAUCGACAUGUGGAGCCUGGGCUGCAUCCUGGCCGAGCUCCUCAGCGGGUACCCCCUGCUCCCCGGGGAGGACGAGGGCGACCAGCUGGCCUGCAUCAUGGAGCUCCUGGGAGUACCGAGCCAGAAGCUUCUGGAAGCCUCCAAGAGAGCCAAGAACUUUGUGAGCUCCAAGGGCCACCCGCGGUACUGCACGGUGACGGCCUUGCCGGACGGGACCACGGCACUGACGGGGGGUCGGUCGCGGAGGGGCAAGCUGCGGGGCCCGCCAGGCAGCAAGGAGUUGUCGACGGCCCUCAAGGGUUGCGAGGACGCCCUCUUCCUGGACUUCCUCAAGCAGUGCCUGGAGUGGGACCCGGCGGUUCGGAUGACCCCCAGCCAGGCCCUGCGUCACCCCUGGCUCCGGAGGCGCCUGCCCAAACCCCCCGCCGGGGAGAAGACCGCCCCCGCCGCCAAACGCAUCACGGACACCUCCGCAGCCCUGACGUCAAUCUCCAGAUUGCCGCCGAACUCCGGCUCGGCCUCCAAGCUGAGGUCCAACUUGGCGCAGAUGACGGACGCCAACGGGAAUUUACAACAGAGGACGGUUUUGCCGAAACUGGUCAGCUGAUCUCAGACGGGGGAAUUUCUUUCCCCGUUGUUUUAAAUGGUUUUUUGAAAAAAAUGGGAGAUCAUCUACAUCAGAAGGCUGUGCAAAACGCAACGGUGGCACGGUUUCGCCGUCGCUGAACGUCCUCGCUCCAGUUCAAGUGUGAAGGUUUUUAGGUUUUUAUGGUUUUUUAAAAUGUGAAAUCACUACACAAUUGUUGGGUUUUGUAUCACUUUUAUGCUGUAAAAGAAUAUUACAAGCAUUUAUAUAUGAAAAUAUAAUUUGUUGAAGUGGCAAAAUGGGGAAGAAAGGGAACAGUGCUCUAAGGUUUUUUAUCUCAGGACAACGUGCUAGUCGCCAACAUCUGUGCCGCCUGGCUGAAUAGAUUAGGAAACCCGUAUAAUUCUCACAUUUGAGUGUUGUAGUGUAGAAGGCAGUGUAGGAUGGACCACAGAUAUCCACUCUCAGAAGCACCUGAGGGACCUCUGGUUCUUCGCCUCAGUGUUGCAGGUCUGCAUCAACAGUGCGAUAAGGAGAGGUCAGAGUUGUAUCAGUGCAAUUUUAUAGCCGUUUUGUGCUUUUCAAUGAAUAUACUCUCAACAGCAUAAAAGUCUGUGUUAUCAAAUGUUAUCAAAAAAUGUGGAGGAUGUUGUCUUGAGUGAUAAACAGAGAAGUCGGUGACCGAGGAGAAAAGUGCAAAGAUUGCGAACGUUUGUGCAAGAUUACCCAGGGGAUGUGGCACGUGCCUAAAAUUCUCCACAUUCCUUAUUCGUUGAAGGAAAUGAACGAGCUUGGAACCACCUACUCUACCUGUACAGGUAACAGCUGAGAGGACUCAGGUGUUACAUCACAGGUUAAUUCAUGGGUUCCUCAGAGGAACGGUAUCGGUGUUUGAAUGUGCAUAUCAUGAAUCAUGGCAUGUGACCUUGAGAAUGUCAGUUGGUAGAGGUGCUGAAAUUCCUUCUGUCAGAGGAAAAAUACUUCUAUGGUGCUUUAUGUUUUUUUACAGAUUUUAUUACUUACUUUUAAUUCUGAGGAAGGGAGCAUGGCAGGUGAACUAUGGGACGUUGUAGAAGCCAAACGAUAUGACCAGAGACGUUGCUAAACAGAAGGGAUGGAGAAUGAAUGAAAGAGCGCGGUGUGAUUUUCAGUUUUUAGAGGAGGUGUCAUACCGUAGCCUGUGUGGGAAGGAGGUUGAUGGAGUGGUGCAGUAGAGUGGCGUGUGUCUGGAGUUGUCCAGUGUAGCGUAUAUCAGAAUCAAACUCAGGAUUACUCACUCCACGGGUUACGACUAGCAGCCAUAUCAUUGGCUCACACGUUUACUAGCAGCUGUGUCAUUGGUUCACAUGUUGACUAGCAGCCGUAUCAUUGGCUCUCACCAUGUGCUUGACUAGAGCAGUGGAGUGGGCCUGUAAUUGUAUGUCGAGAGUUAAAAUACCUUUGAGCAUAUUCCCUAGCUGGGUCAAAAAAGUAGUGUUUGUCUCUGGUGGAGGUAAAAAAAAAAAAAAAAGAAGAUAUUCUUGAGACCGAAACACCUCUUUUUUUUUUUUUUUUUACCCAAAAACCCAGUCCUUAGGAAUCAGCGAACGGGCAGAGACCACCAAGCCUCAAAUUGAAGGAGCAUUUUAAACAUAUCUUUAUAUGGAGUUAUGGGACUUUUUAUUUAUAAAUUUUCCUUAAAAAAAAUGUUUCGUGAAGAGCUAAUAUGAAAACUUGAGGCCUGAAUGUUGUGCGUUGGCCUGGAAACCGCAAGGUGUGCCCUGUGAAUACGGAAUCCUGGGCAGGGCUACAGUACCUGGCGGUGCCACGCCCGAGGCCACUCUGUUAUUGAGAAGGGAAAGAACCCACUGAGUCACGCUUGCCUUACCUGCAUGCAUGUGGGGAUAGGAAAGGCCUCUUAGGGAGCGACAAGGGCGUGGCAUUCCUGUGUCCCUCUCCACUCCCCUCACCCCCGCCCCCGUCCCCAGUGGUGCUGGGUGGCAAACAGUCCGCCAAACACGCCCAAUGCGUUUCUCUGCCCUUACCAGCAGCCUGGGAACACGGUCGUCUUUUGCUUCUUGUUCCUACCGAAGCGAACUCCAUUGUGCCCUUUAACUGAGAGUUUCUCCAAUGGACCUAUUUCAGUUAAUAUUUCCUUUCCCCACCCACCAAUAUCAUUUGUUUUUUAAAAGGAGAGCCUUGAACCCUGGUCUUCUGCAUGAUAGACAAUCGCACUAACCACAACUCCGAAUCAGAGCCGCCUUUUCGCUAUACGAGGCUGCUCUCUUUUUAAAAAAUAAAUGCUUUCCCUGAUUGACGAGCAACACGCGGGGGUGAGAUUACAAUCCGAGAUACAACCCUUUUGACACGACCGUCUGACCCUGUUCAGGGCAAAGAUAUAGCCAAACGCUGCUCACUGCCGCCCCCCCCCCACCCCCCCACAUUCAUACAUGGUCGCACAAACAGGAAGCUUUUUACUUUUUGUGUUAUUUGUUGUUAUUUUGCGUAUUCACCAUAGUGGAGAAAUAUUGCUCUUAGGUAAAUAAUGUGCCUUUGGUUCUCAAUGCCGCUCUUUACUACGGUGACCUAAGACCCCCCGGUGCUCCUCAUAGUACAUAUAGUGCACAUUCCUGCAGUAAAGCACCCAAAGAGAUUCUCUCUCCAUAACACACAAAAUGGUGGAUAAGAGGAAGAGGAAGUGACUGCACAGGAAGAGGAAGUGACUACACAGAGGAUCAUUUCCCUGUGAUGUGAACCACUUGGGUGCCAUUUGCUCUGUUGACAAUACAAUUCCGUUAACAGUGUAUUCUUUUAAAUGUAUUUUUAAUCAUGUUUUUGUCCUAACAGGGUGAAAAAUUACUUUUUUUUCACUAUUCUUUUUGUCUCACCAUCAGCCCAUUCAAGGGGGCAUGUUUCAUUCUUUCAUUCACUCAUGACUUGUACAAAGGGAAAAAGAGCUACUGCAAUUUUUUACCUCAAUACUGUUGUGAGAUAUUUUUACGGCAGUUAAAAACCCAGGGGAUUCAGUAGGUACGAAAGUGCAUUCCUUUGUAUUUCUGUGGCUACAAGGAAAUGUUAGCCUGCCCAUAUUGUCUUUUGUACCUGAAGAAGAAGUGUCACCCAACCCACUUUUUACUGUCAGUCACUGGCCCUGUCAGUACAACAGGAGACCAAGGAAAGUUGAGCUGGUAUGCUGGUCUAGGGCUUUGUUCUUACCUCUGUGAAAAUGGUUUGGGGGGGGGGGCGGGGGGUAUGUAGCGUAUCAUCAGUCUUGUAGCUGGACACAGCUGAAAACCUACUGCCCACAAGUCAGAACAGAGUCCGGAUUUGGCUCGUACACAACAGUUCUGUCUGCGAAGCUGUAGUGAACUGGUUAAAUAAGUUUAAAGAACUGGCAAAGAUUUAGCAGUUUCAAAGCUUGUGCUUCUUGUUACUUCCAGUUAAUAUAUUAGUCCUGAUAAUAUUUGGAGGUCAGCUGCUGUCCGUUAAAAGAGUGUUUAAAAAAAAAUCAAAAGGCCUGAUGCCUUUUCUAAAAAAAAAUAAAAAAAACUUUUACUAAAAAAUAAAGAUAAUAUAAACUGAGCAACAAAUCCCACAUUGUAUUUGUAUUCUGCCACAGGGACAUGUACUGUACAUUUUGUGAAAUUUACAAAGGAUUUUGUGUGGAUGUGUACAUAUGUAUGUAAUGUUUUUUUUCCCCUCUGGUUAAAAUGCUGCUCAAAAUUCUACAUAUGCACUGUUGUGCAUUUUUAAUUUUGGCAACCAUUUUUAUUGUAUGUAUUGUACAGCUAAUGGAAUGGUAUAAACUUUUUUCUAGUGAUCAUUUGUUAAAUUUAUCGCUGUGGCCAGAAAAUAUUAAUAAAAAACUUUAAUGUCCAUCAGAUACAA